AAGAAGCUAUAAAUAUAAGUUUCACUAGAGUAAAGCAGUUCAACGGUUGAGACACUGUGAAAGCCUCAACUUUUGCAACCACAGUCUACAGCCUCUAGGCACUACAUAAAUCAAAAACCUCACCACCACCCACCAGAGUAGAGGCAUGGCAGAGAGCCCAGUGACUCACCUACUCAACAAGCUCGCACAAUUCUUUGAGAAUGAGGUGCGGUUCCUAACAGGCGUUCGAGAAGAAGCCCUCUCAGUGAGAGGAGAGUUGGAGCGAGUCCGAGCCUUCCUCAGGGUCGCAGAUUCCCUCGAGGAAAGCGAUGAGGAAGUCAAAGUGUGGGUGAAGCAGUUGAGAAACACAGCCUACGACAUGGAGGAUGCGCUCGAUGAGUUCUCGCUGGUCCUGAGACACGAUCACGGAGUCGGGUUCACUGCCCUCAUCAGCAGGAUGUCCUGCUGCAUCAAGAACCUGAAGGGUCGAUACCGUGUCACGUCCGAGAUACAGCGCAUCAACUCCAGAGUAAAGGGCAUAUGCGAUGGGCAUCGGAGGCUGCGCCACAAAUUCAGCAGGGCUCAACAAGAUCCGAGCUCGACUGGCUUGGACAACACAUGGCAGGACCACCGAGGCAAUGCCCUUCUUCUAGAUAAAACUGAUGUAGUGGGCAUUGAGCAGCCGAAGAACGAGCUGAUUGGGCAGUUACUUGACGGGGCACACAGGCGGGAGGUCAUCUCCGUCGUGGGAAUGGGAGGGUUGGGCAAAACCACUCUGGUGAAGCAAGUCUAUGAAGACCCCUCUGUGAAGAAGCAUUUUGCAGUGUACGCUUGGAUCACUCUCUCUCGCUCCUGCAAGAUCGAAGAGCUACUCAAAGAUAUGCUUGAUCAGAUAAUGAGGGUGAUCAGGAAACCAGUCCCUCCAGGAGCCAACACUAUGAAUAGCCAUUGGCUGAAGAUGAUCAUCAAGGACCUUCUUCUUCAGAGGAGGUACCUGAUCGUCCUUGAUGACGCAUGGCACAUAAAAGAAUGGGAUGCAGUCAAGCAUGCCUUGCCCAACAACGGGCACGGAAGCCGGGUGAUCAUCACAACCCGGAAUGCUGAUCUGGCAUCUACCUCCUGCAAGGAGUUCAAUGGGCUGGUCAAAAACAUGGAACCACUCGAUCCGGAACAGUCGUGGAAGCUUUUCUGUCGGAAGACAUUUCAGGGGAACUCUUGCCCUUCCCACCUGGAGGAGAUAUGUAAGUACAUUUUGAGAAAGUGUGAAGGACUACCGCUGGCAAUCGUGGCCAUCAGUGGUGUUCUGGCCGCGAAAGACAAACGGAGGAUUGAUGAAUGGGAUGUGGUACGACGCAACCUUCGUGCCGAGAUUGACGGAAACGACAGGCUCAAGAACUUGAAGAGGGUGCUUUUGCUCAGUUUCAGCGAUUUGCCGUACUACCUGAAGUCCUGUUUCUUGCACUUGAGUAUAUUUCCCGAGGGUCACCUGAUCGAGCACAGGAGACUGAUCCGGCUCUGGGUAGCGGAAGGGUUUGUCGAGAGAAAGGAAGGCAAGACACUCGAAGAAGUUGGAACGGACUACUUCAGCGAGCUCCUGAACAGAAGCCUAGUGCAAGUGGCCGAAACGACAACCGACAGAAGGGUCAAGUUGUGCCGCAUCCAUGAUUUCCAGAGGGAAAUUGAUGUAGAACACGUCGAAAUAAUAACUUCAAAAUCGAGAGAUCAAAGCUUUGCAACAAUCGCCAAAGAGCAGACCGACAUGUGGCCAGAUAAAGUUCGCCGCCUUUCAUUGCACAACAGCCUGCAAGCUGCACAGCAAAACAGGUCACUUUCUCAUCUGCGCUCACUAUACAUGUUCGGUGUAGACAGGGGAUUCAUUGACCUUGUCCUAGGGUGUGACAUUAAAUUGCUUAAUGUCUUAGACAUGCAAGCCACACCUUUGUCAAAGUUCCCAGUUCAAGUUGUUGACUGGUACUUCCUAAGAUAUUUAAGCUUCAGGCACACCGAAGUUAAAACAAUUCCUACUUCAAUAGGGAGGCUUCAGAACCUAGAGACACUAGAUCUUAAGCAUACAAAUGUGACGCGAUUGCCUGUUGAAAUCUUGAAGCUGCAAAAACUCCGGCAUCUCUUGGUGUAUCGGUAUGAAAACAUAUCCUAUUUGUGCUACAAGUAUGGCUUCAAGGCACUCACGGAGAUCGGGGCUCUGCAGUCCCUUCAAAAGUUGUGCUACAUAGAGGCGGACGAUGAGAGGAACGACAACAUAAUGAGAGAGCUCGGGAAGCUGACGCAGUUAAGCAGGUUGGGCAUCCUGAAGUUAAGGAAAGAAGAUGGAAGGGCUUUGUGCUCAUCCAUAGCGAAAUUAACCAACCUCUGUGCAAUAUCUGUGGCUUCGGUUGAGGACGACGAGAUAUUGGAUCUGCAAAACCUUACAUCUCCACCUCAAUUGCUACAGAGGAUCUACUUGAAAGGGCGUCUCGAGAUACUACCAAACUGGUUAGCCAGUCUCAAUAGUCUUGUCAAGUUGCACUUACGAUGGAGUCGGCUGAAGGAUGACCCACUUGUAUCACUGCAAAGUCUGCCCAAUCUCGUGCAUCUCGAGCUGCUCCAGGUCUACGAAGGAAAGACCUUAUGCUUCAAAUCCAAAGGUUUUAGGAAGCUGAGAAUUCUGGGUCUCGACAAUUUUGACGAACUCAGAUCCGUGGAAGUGGAGGAAGGAGCAAUGCCCUGCCUCGAAAAGUUGAUCAUUCAGCGCUGCAAGCUACUGGAGAAGCUGCCAUCAGGCAUUGAGUAUCUGACCAAGCUCAAAGUACUUGAGUUCUUUGACAUGCCUGAUGAGUUGGUCAAGAAAUUUGUGAGAGACGAGCAGGAUGAGGAUUAUCAGAAGGUUGCACACAUUCCAGAAGUUUACUAUGGAUAUUGGAGAGAUGGAGGCUGGGAUGUCCAAUCCAUGGAGAAAUCAUUCGAGGGCGACGCCUCUCCUCGCCAAGGCACUAGCAUGAGGAGCAGUGAGUUCCCUCCAUGCUGGAAGUGAAGGAUUGAGCCCCUUUUCCUGAUCUGAGUAUAGUACGUGCAUAAUGUUUGCCAUGUACAUGUGAGUGAGAGUGUGACUGUUACUAUAGCAUAUGUUGACGAUACAAUGCACAUGUAAAAUAUGUAAAUGCUAGUGUAAGGUAAUUUUCUAUGCCUUUAAAUGACAUGAAUGA